AAAUUACACACAGAAGGGAAAAUAAUUUUUUUUACUUUUGAACGUGCGCAUAUAGAGCAGUCUUAAAUUAACUUUUACACUGAAUAGUACGGUCUACAAUGUAUUCAAGUAAUUCUACGCAAGUAAUCGCUGAUUUUUUUAAACAACCCUGCUAUAGAGUAAACAUUCUAACUUUGAGAAUAUGCGGGCUUUGGCCAUAUCAGUCAAAAUUUGAGGGUAAAUUACUGCGUUUCCUAUGGGCAUUUUUCGUUUCAUCUCAAAUGAUACCACAAAUAUGUGUUUGCAUAACCGAUUUUGGAAUGGAUACUUUAACGUCAACUAUUCCGCCAUUCACUGUCGCUAUUAUUGCUGGUGCCAAAAUGAUCAUAAGUACUUUAAAAGUUAAUCAGAUAAUAGAAUUAUUGGUAACCAUACAAAAAGAUUGGAGUAAAUUAAAAUCGGAAACUGAAUGUGACAUUAUGAAAAAACAUUUGGAUCAAGGAAAGAAAUUGACUCUUUUUAUAUCAAUGUGGUAUUAUAAUUCGAUGGUCGUAUUUCUUUUAUUACCGAUGAGGCCAAAAGUUAUGACGUGGUUGGGGUUAUCACAAGGACCGGCUGAUUUUGAUUUUCCGUAUCCAGUUAAUUAUGGAGUUAAUCACGAUAAAUAUUUUUAUGCUAUAGAAACGCAUAUAAGUUUUUGUUCGACGCUUGUUAUUACAACAAUUAUAGCUGCUGACACGCUUUUUAUUGUUUUUGUUCAGCACAUAUGCGGAGUUUUUGAGAUAAUAAGUUAUCGAUUAGAAAAUUUGGUGAGUUCGAGUAAUUUGGAUAUCGAUCUACAUCCAAACAAAAUUAAUGAUAGAGCAUUUUGGGUAAUUUCGGAUUGUAUAAAAAAACACAACAAGGCGAUUCAAUUUGCAGAAUUACUUGAAAAUUCAUAUUGUUGGAUUUUUUUCAUAAGUGUGGGUUUAGAAACACUGCUUAUGACAUUUUCAGGUGUACAGCUAGUAUCACAAAUGGGUAAUAUUGAUGGAUUAUUUCGUUACGGACCAUUUGCAUUCGGUCAGCUAGUUCACGUUUUUAUUGAAAAUGCAAUUUCACAACAAUUAAUAAAUUACAGUGGUGAAAUCAAUGAUGCAAUAAGUAUGAUAAAAUGGUACACUCUGUCAAUGAGAUCACGAAAACUAUUAACUUUUAUGAUUAUGAGAAGCCAAGUAAUCUGUUCUGUAUCAGCAGGAAAAAUGAUUAUUAUGUCGAUGGAAACGUUCGGAAUGAUUCUCAAAACAACAAUGUCUUAUUUCACAAUAUUGAGUUCAAUGCAAGACGAAUAAAAAUUAAAAACUUUAUUUAUGAUUAACAAUAAAAAAAAACCCAAUUAUAGGGCACUGAUUUUUUGUUUAAGUGUUAAAUAAUUGAGCAUGAACAAAAUGAAAUUUUGUCUACUCUUUUUUUAUUUUUAUAAAAUAAAAUAGCGAGGAUUUCAAAAGAAUUAUACAAGCAUACAAGUUUAAGUAUACGAUUAUCAAUAUUUACACAUGUUUCUAUACUGAAUAAUCAUGCAAGUAAAAGAUUUUCAAAAAUAGAUAAUACUACUCUAUGUUGUCAAUGCGAUACUCAACAUUUUAUUAUUUGUAUGGAAACCAAACUAAAUUUGUACCUAUACUAUUAUGAUCUCUCAAUAAAUUUAGCAAUGAUAAUACACGAAAAGU